UACAUUACCUCCUCCACCCACACCAUCUCUCUCUCCCUCUCUCUGUCUUUCAAUUCUUUUUUCUCUCAAAUUUAUCUUCCUAAUUCUCACCAGGUUUUGAAUUGUACGUGCAUGGAUAAUUUCAGGAAAAGUGAAACUCACACGAGUUCACAGACAUCUGAGCAAACUCGUCAUCAGUCUGCUGGCCAGUUUGCUCAAGAGAUAAAAAAUUGGAACUUGCAGGAUUCACCUGUGGCAGAAUCUAUGUCCACAGAAUGGACAGAUGAGAAGCAUAGUUUGUACCUUAAAUCUAUGGAAACAUCAUUUGUUAACCAAUUAUAUAAUUCCACGCAUUUUCUUGAUUGGCGCUCCGACAAAAAUAACGUGUCCGAUAUUAUAUCAACUAGUCAAAUACAACGUACUUCUUCCGGCCAGUUUAAGGUUCUUCGAGGUGGUCGCUGGCAGAGGAUCAAUUUUCAGAGACCUGAUUUUAAAUCAAAUAAAGCACAUAAUUCUGGUAAUCUUUUGGCAAGUCCAUGGAUCCGGCACUAUAAAUCAGCAGGCAAGCCCCAAACUGUUGCAUCUACAAGUGCUGCAGGGGUUGCAGGAACAGAAAGUCGAGCAACCAAUUCUAGAGGGAAUAAGGCAGUGUCCUGUCGGACAGCUACUAGUUCAGGGCACUUUGAUGCAUCUCGCUCUGAUUUGUGCCAUCAUGAUAUGGUUGGCAGUUGCACAGAGGCAUCAGGUCAGAACUUCAUUGAUGAAGAAAUUGAAGGGGAAAAAGCAAGCCCAACUUGCAGCUCAAAGAAGAUGAAAACACACAUAAUUGUUGCAUCAAGUCGUGAUAAGGUCGUUCCACUCCGAGACAGCAAACCUCCCAUGAAAGAAAAUGGUCCUGAGAAGUGUGCCUUUGUAGCCAGAUAACAAAGUACUUGCAGCAGAGGAUCUCAAAUCAAGAACGCAAUGGCUUGUUUAUUUCUAACGCAAUGGGUAAUGCAGGCAAUUCUGACCGUAAUCAUGAUGACUAACCAAAGUUCAAGCAAGUAUUUGAAUUUAUGGUUACUCUGGUUUUGGCAUAAAAUAUAAUGCCUAAGACAAUGAAGCGGACAACUGACCUUCAUCUUCACUCUACUAUGCUAUCUUCAUUUAUGUAUUCCAGGCGCACUGUUUUGUGUAUACAUUUUUUUUUUUGGUCUUCAGCAGGUAGUUAAUUAUGUACGCAGCGUGUUAGAUAUCUGAUAAGUUGGGAAAUUGGAUAUGCUGAAAAUUUACUGCAUUAGGGUUUUUUCAAUUUCAUUGUAUCGGCUUUAAGAGCUCUGCUUUCCGUAUUGAUUUAGCAACAGGGAAAGAGGUUCUGAUGAAUUCUUUCAGACAAUCAGUACUUACCAUUUGAGUU